UACUCGCAGCAAGUGGCAUGGCAACAACAGCGCUGUCCAACACCGCACGAUUUCUACCCGAAAAUAAUGGUGUGCUGAUAUAUUGUGAUUAAACCCGAUUUCUGUCGUCCAAAAGCGCCGUUCGAGAAUGUGUUGCACCAGCUGCAGUUGAAAGGAACCCACGCCGACGAGAAGAUCCGAAAAGUGCGUAAAGGGCACCAAAAUCCGAACCCUAAGCCAACCAUUUUUUAACCAGUGUGUCGCAGUGUCCAUCGUGUGCGUUGGUGUUGGUGCGUAAAUGCGUGCGUGUGCGUCGCUCGUUGUGUGUGUGUGAGUGUUCCGUCGAAUCGCGAAAUCGAGAAUAUAGAAAGAUGUGCUCCAUUCGCUGGUGGUGGUGAGCUAUAGCAAAGGCUAUAUAGCCAGCCGACGAGCGAGUAGUCCCCGCAACAAAAGUCCACAUCCAGAUCCACAGCUUUCGUGCACUCCAGCAUCCAAGUCGCAAGAGUUUCGACCCAUUGAAAACCCCACAAGGGCCACAAAAAUGAUACCCUCCCCGCUGCACUACUCGACGAUGCGGCCACAGGCGCCCGGAUCGCUGGUCGAUCCCAACGAGGACGAGCUGCGCCUGGCGCCUUGGUACUGGGGCCGGAUAUCGCGGGAGGAGGCCAAGGGCAUCCUGCACGGAAAGCCGGACGGCAGCUUCCUGGUGCGCGACGCCCUCUCCAAAAAGGGCGAAUACACCCUCACCCUGAUGAAGGACGGGAGCGAGAAGCUGAUCAAGAUCUGCCACAUGGACCGCAUGUACGGGUUCAUCGAAACGAAGCUCUUUAACUCGGUGGUGGAGAUGGUCAACUACUACAAGGAAAACUCGCUGAGCAUGUACAACAAGGCGCUGGACAUCACGCUGAGUAACCCGAUAGUGCGCACCUGCGAGGACGAGGACUCCCAGCCGCACGGGGAUCUCUGUCUGCUGAGCAACGACUUCAUCCGCACCUGUCAGCUGCUCCAGAACCUUGAGCAGAAUCUGGAGCAGAAGAGGAACUCCUUCAACGCGAUUCGAGAGGAGCUGCUGGAGAAGAAGCUGCACCAGAAUGUAUUCGGGAAUGCGGAGAAGAUGUUCCGCAAUCAAAUCAAGCUCAACGAAUCCUUCAUGAAGGCGCCUGCGGACGGACCAUCCACAGAGGUGGGAGGAGCCGGCGACGAAGGCCCCGGAUCCGCAUCCGCUGCGGCCAAUGCCAAUGCUCGCCGAAGUCUGCAGGAGAACAAACAAAGCCUGAUCAGUCUGCUCGAGGCGCUGCAGGCCAAGGGGCAGGUCCUCAAUCAGUACAUGGAGGGCAAGAAGAAGGAGGAGCUGCUGCUCGAGCGACAGAUCAACGCCCUCAAGCCGGAACUGCAGUUACUGCAGUUGCGCAAGGACAAGUACAUUGAGCGCCUGAAAGGCUUCAACCUCAAGGACGACGAUCUGAAGACGAUCCUGGAGAUGGGCUUCGAUAAGUGGCUGCAGCGCCACGAGACAGUCUCGAAUCAGCCCCACAGCAACGAAUCCCUCUGGCUGCUGAAGGACGCCAAGCGCAGAGAUGCAGAGGAUCUACUCAAGGGCUCGCCACCGGGCACCUUCCUGAUUCGGGUCAGGGAUGCGGGUCACUACGCUCUGUCCAUCUCCUGCAAGAACACCGUGCAUCACUGCAUUAUUUACGAGACGAAUAGCGGUUUCGGGUUCGCCGCCCCCUACAACAUAUACCCCUCGCUGAAGAAGCUGGUGGAGCACUAUGCCAACAAUUCACUGGAGGAGCACAACGACACGCUGACCACGACGUUGCGCUGGCCCGUCUUGUACUGGAAUCAGAAUGCCCAGCAGAUUCUGACCCAGUUGCAGGAGGAGAUGGAGCUGGAGUACGAGCAGGCGCCCACACUGAGGCUACCCCCGAUGAUGGGCAGCAGUGCUCCGAUUCCCGUGAGUCGGUCCCGGGACCACGACCAGGUGGACGGCAUCGGAAGCCUCGAGGCGGAGUCGGCUCCCGCCUCCAUUUCGCCCUCGAACUUCAGCACUUCGCAGUAGGAGCUGCGGACCCAAUCUCCCGCUGAACGAGCCCUCAACCUCAGGCUAGCUAUCUAUCUCUCUAAAUCUAAAGCCCUAACUCUCUAUCUCUAGAUAUUAACGCGGUUGCGGUCCAAAUAAUAGCACUGCAGGCUCUGUCUAAAGGCUUAAACUUGAUAUGUCAGUGUAGUUCUUUCGUCGAAAGUCAAACAGUUUCGUUUUAGGUUCAAAGUUAAACAAAGAAAUCCCGUCUUACAGCCGUUCUUCAUAAGAAUAACCCAAUAGGAGCUGCACGCGAUUACUUGAAAACGUAUUCAGAUUAGUAAUUUAACUGCCCUGUCACAAAGUUAUUUCCUUAACUUAGCGCUUCAGCUAUUCGAGUUGAGAGUCAAAGUAACACUUGUUACUAAUGUUACACUUGUAAUGCUAUUAUUUCGGCCAUCCUCAAGUAUGUACAUCGGCAUAUUCAGGCUAAAUAUCUGUGCACGAUUGUUUUUUGUGUGUGAUGGAUGGCGCUGGCAGUCCAACUGCCACGCUUUUCCCCAAGUAUCAAAAGGCUCCGAAAACAGAAAAAAACACACUUUUGGUGAUCAUGUUUGAUGUCUUGCUAGAAGCUUUUGGUCGAAGAACGAAAUUUUCUUAUUGAGAAAGUAAUCUUAUAAUAAUACGAGUAUGAUUAAUUUUAUAUACAUAUAUAUUUUUUGUAAUACUGCAUUUCGCGUGAUAAUUGAUAAGUCAUGCUAUCUGUUGUUGUAUCAACGCCCUCUCCCGUAUCCCCUACAAUUGUUGUUAUCACGCUGCGCGUUGUCUAAAGGGGCGGGGCAGGAUCGUGAAGAAAUGUUCUGCAUUUCUUCAGCACAUUUUGUCGUGUUCAUGUAAAUAUUCUAAAAACGAAACAAAGGAGCAGCCAGCCAGCCGCUUGCGAAACGUUUGCGAAAUCAGGUUAAGGUUUUGAUAACCGACCCCGCAACGCUCUUGGGCCCCCACCCCUUGCUCUAAUAUUUGUUGUUAUAUUAUGAUUGAUUUAAAGUAGUUUUAAGUGAAAUCUACGUACGUUUACUCGAUGUGAUCAGUUGAUUGUUGCUAAAAUAGUGCUUUCCUUUAAUUUUUUGUCGUUUUUUUUUUCAAUACAAAGCCUUAAUUUUCAUAAAAACACAAACACACAACACAUAAACACUCAGUUGAAACAAAGAAAAAUAAAUGUACAAAGGAAAAAAUAAAUUCAAGAGAACUUCACACAGAUACACAAAAAAGAGCAGCAACAAGAAAAAAACAAAAACAAAGUGCAAUCGAAAAUGUAAUAAUUAAACUUUUAACGUUUGUUAAUUUAUACAAGGAAAGAAACAGGAAAAAGACAAAAAGUUGCCCAUUUAUAACAAAUCGCUGAUUAAGUUUUUUUUACACAACUGAUAUAUAGCAUAUACAUGAAAUGCAUGCUUAACCCUGCUAGGCGGUUUCAAAGAUACUCUUUCCCAACGAAUUUUGAAUUCAACAAGUUGGUUUAACAUAGUUUGUUUCUUGUGCAAUUAAUAACUAUAUUGUUGUAAUCUUUUCAAUGUAAUGCAUAUUUUUUGUUUAACGUUAAAAUUAUAGUUGGGAAAGGGUAUUUUCUCAGCUUACCUUGUUCUCUUGUGCCACCCUAAUGUUCUAAGCCAGGUGAAAACUUUUGAGCUUCCCGUUGCAUUCUCCCCAAAAUUGGUAUUGAAAUCGAGCUAUCCACUUACAAACACACACAAACACAAACACUGGCGCGUCUUUCAGAUAUUCAGAUAUUUAUACGUUUAAUUCCUAAUUUAACUUAUUUAACUCGUAACAUGUGUGUUUCACUUUGCUUAAAUUCUAUGAGAUUUUGGCGGAUCUCGUACGUUGUAGUAUUUAUAAGUUUUAAAUUUAGUUUGUAAAGUGCGUUUCAAACAAAAUACAAAUGGAAAAACAAAAAACAAACAAGUAGCGUUGGAAGAUUAAAUGUAUUCAAAAUAUGAUUGAUCGAUAUCGGUAAUGAUUGAUAACUGAUAGAUGAUGACUUUUUGCCAUACCUAAAUGUUAAAUGGAAA